AUGGAAAACCCUUCACGUUUUUCAACAAGCAUUGCUUCAGAAAUGGGUAACACAAAAAUGGGUGCUACUACAAAACCUGAAGAAGUUCUUAAAGUUGAACGUGAACGAAGGAAGAAAAUGGCUCAAAUGUUUAAUCACCUUGCUUCCACUGUUCCUGCUCUCUUUCCAACAGCUACUAGGGAAGUGAUUAUUAAUGAAACAAUCGGGUAUAUUAAGGAACUUGAGAGCAAGAAGAAAAUGUUAGAGGAGAUUAAGGAAUCGAAGGUUGAAGGGAGUUUGAAUUUGUUGGUUCCGUGUCGGAACAGAAAUUGCUCUGUUUCUGUUACGGUUUCUAACAAUGUGGCUUUCUUUGGGAUUGAAUCGGUGGCUAAACCGGGUUUGGUUACUGUGAUUUUGGAGGUGUUUUUUAAUAAUCAAACUGAGAUUUUAGCGGCUAAUGUUUCUGUUAAUGAUGGGAAUUUGAGAUUGGCGAUUACGGCGUUGGUUCAGAAUGGUCAUGAUCAUGGAAAUGCUGGUCGUGUUGAGAAGAUUAAGAGAGAGAUUAUGAGUUUGUAA